GCUGUUGCUGCGUGUCCCUGACUCCGUUAGAUAAGUCAGGAUCCAAUCCCACCAGCACUUAAGAGCCUUCCAGACUUACAUCCCUUAUCCCAAAUCAUCAGCAACAAAGAGAUUCUGUCAUCAUCCCCUCUGCAACAAGGAUGAGCCUGCAGUGAAGGUCUCCCCAUGAGUGCAGCCCUACAGGUGACAGCAUUCGGGCUUGCUCUUCUCUCAACACUCUUCCUACUCCUGGCCACAUGCACCGACUGCUGGAUGGUCAAUGCUGAUGACAGCUUGGAGAAGCCCUCAGCCACCUUUAAGGUGAGCAAAGCAACCAUCAUCCUCAAGGUAAGUCACAGAUGCCGGGGCCUUUGGAGGGAGUGUGUCACCAACAUGCAGGACGGGGUCAGGACCUGCGACCAGUAUGACUCAAUUCUGGCUGACCACCCAGUGAAGAUUGUGGUGACACGGACCCUGAUGAUCACAGCAGAUCUCCUGGCUGGCCUGGCUUUGGCCACACUGCUCCUUGGGCUUGACUGCAUCACCUUCCUCAAGGAAGAUCCUUGUGUCAAACUGAAGCUGUGCUAUGGAGCUGGAGUCAUACUCUGCGCUGGGAGCAUCCUGGGUCUCAUAGGCUCUGUGUGGUAUGCAGUGGAUGUCUACGUGGAGAGGGCCAUGCUGGUGUCACACAAUAUAUUCCUGGGAGUCCACUAUGACUUUGGGUGGUCAUGCUGGCUGGGGAUGGCUGGCUCCAUGGGCUGCUUUGUGGCAUCUGUCCUGCUGACCUGCUGCCUCUAUGCCUGCACAGCCCCCAGCAGCCGCUGUCAACCCCAGAGGCAUCCCCGGCCCCGGGGCCGAGCAGCCACCAGCAAGAUGUACUCCAUGGACUCCCGCGUGUGA